UGUAAUGUCACUCAGUCCGAAUCCCCCGUACCCUUGGCCGGUUUCAGACGCCACUCGCCAUCGAUGGCUCCCCGUCUCUGACACCGCCGGAGCGCCGCGGGGAUCUCGGUGAUGCCGCCGCCGCCGCCCCCACCACCACCGCCCCCGGCGGCGCCGGAUCCACCGCAGCUCCAUGGAGUGGUCAUCAUCACCCUCUCCCCGCCGGACCAGCCCUCCAAGGGCAAGACCAUCACCGCGUUCACCUACACCGACGACGACGUCGCCGCCGCCGCCCCGCCCGCGCAUACGCCUCCCCCACCGCGGGCUUUAGUUCCCGCGGGGGCGGAGGCCAGGCGGUCGAGGCGGGGGUUCUCGACGCGGCGGGCGGCGGCGAUGGUGCUCGUGCUUGGGGCGCUCGCGGUCGCGGCCUACUACUCCUUCUACUCUGACGUGGCGGUGCAGUUCUUGGGGGUGGAGGAGGAGGCGAAGAAGGAGAGGAACGAGACCAAGUCGUUCCUGCUGCCGCUAUACCCCAAGGCGCGGCAGGGGCGCGCGCUGCGGGAGUUCGGUGAUGUCAAGCUUGCGGCCAGAAGGGUCGAUGAUGGCAGCGGCAGGAAGUCUAGGAACAAGUUGGAGGUCAAGAAGGCAGCUGCGGCCGGGACGAACUCGACGUCUCUGCUCCCGAUCAAGGGGAAUGUCUUCCCUGAUGGGCAGUACUACACAUCUAUUUUUGUGGGCAAUCCACCAAGACCUUAUUUUCUUGAUGUUGAUACUGGAAGCGAUUUGACAUGGAUCCAGUGUGAUGCACCAUGCACAAACUGUGCCAAAGGACCUCAUCCUUUAUAUAAGCCAGCAAAAGAAAAGAUAGUCCCUCCCAAGGAUUUGUUAUGCCAAGAGUUGCAAGGCAACCAGAACUACUGUGAAACUUGCAAGCAAUGUGACUAUGAGAUUGAAUAUGCUGAUCGAAGCUCCUCCAUGGGUGUUCUUGCUAGGGAUGAUAUGCAUCUUAUCACUACAAAUGGUGGAAGGGAAAAACUAGACUUUGUAUUUGGGUGUGCAUAUGAUCAACAAGGCCAGCUUUUGGCCUCGCCGGCUAAGACUGAUGGGAUCCUUGGUCUUAGCAGUGCAGGAAUAAGCCUUCCCAGUCAACUGGCCAGCCAAGGCAUUAUUUCUAAUGUUUUUGGUCAUUGUAUCACUAGAGAUCCAAAUGGUGGAGGGUAUAUGUUUCUAGGGGAUGAUUAUGUACCCAGAUGGGGAAUGACAUUGGCUUCUGUCCGAAGCGGUCCAGAUAAUCUAUACCACACAGAAGCCCAAAAGGUAAAUUAUGGGGACCAGCAGAUCAGUGUGCGUGGGGCAUCAGGGAACUCGGUUCAAGUGAUUUUUGACAGCGGAAGUUCAUAUACAUACCUUCCAGAUGAAAUAUACAAAAAUCUCAUUGCAGCUAUCAAAUAUGCUUACCCAAAUUUCAUCCAAGAUACUUCAGAUCGCACAUUACCUUUAUGCUGGACAACUGAUUUUCCUGUGAGGUAUUUGGAAGAUGUCAAACAGCUCUUCAAGCCCUUGAAUGUUCAUUUUGGGAAAAGAUUGUUUUUCAUUCCCAGAACAUUCACCAUUCUUCCUGAUGAUUACUUGUUUAUCAGUGAUAAGGGCAAUAUCUGCCUGGGGUUCCUCAAUGGGAUGGAGAUCGAUCAUGGGUCAACAAUAAUAGUCGGAGAUAAUGCCCUGCGCGGCAAGUUGGUUGUGUAUGACAAUCAACAGAGGCAGAUUGGAUGGACUAAUUCAGACUGCACCAAGCCACAAACACAAAAGGGCUUCCCCUUCUUCCUCUGAGUAGUAUUGUGCAACAUAUGUAAAUGAUGAAAAGAGAAUACCAAUGGAACCGCUUAGAAUAUGUUAUGCGCGGCCCUAUUCCUGUCUGUAUUAUUACACAGUUGGGUACUUUUUGUAAUAUAUAGUGUUGUUGUAUAUACCGAAUAAGCAGUCUAUUAUUUAUUAUUUAGUAUAUUAUUCGUAUUAAGA